AAACAAAGAAGAAAAAUAAGCCAAAAAGCAUGGGCAGCAUGGCGCGCCUCCUCCCCGACUCCCGCUGCGCCUCCGCCUCCGCCUCCUGGACCUCUUCCCUCUCUUGCGACCUCGCAACUGCCGCCACCACCGUAGUCACCGCAACCUCCUCCUCCGCGAUGCCGCUCGCGGCCCCAUUCCCCGGCCUCGGCGUGCCGCUCUCCGACGCCGACCUCCGCACCACCGCCUACGAGGUCCUCGUCGCCGCCUCCCGCGCCACCGGCGGCAGGCCCCUCAUCUACAUCCCCCAGUCCGCCUCCACCGGCGCCCGUUCUACAUCCUCCACAUCCACCUCGACGUCCUCCUCCGGCCUGCAGCGUUCGCGGACGUCGACGGCGGCCAGCAGGGUGAAGAGGUCGCUCGGGCUCAGUCCCUCGGCGUCGUCUAAGGCCGGGACGGCGGCGCCGCGGAGGCCAGAGACGGUGAUGGAGCUGGUGCGGGUCAACUUACGUGUCACGGAGCAGGCCGACUCCAGGAUCCGCCGCGGGCUUCUCCGCAUCGCCGCCGGCCAGCUAGGUAGACGUGCAGAAUCAAUGAUUUUGCCCUUAGAGUUCCUGCAGCGAUCUAAAGCAUCAGAUUUCCCUGAUCCACAUGAGUACGAGGCCUGGCAGUGUAGGAACUUGAAGCUUCUUGAGGCUGGUUUGCUGGUUCAUCCACUUAUCCCCUUGAGAAAAUCUGACAUUUAUGCACAGACAUUGCGAGAGAUAAUAAGUAGAGCGUAUGAUAAGCCACUUGAAACUGGGAAGAACUUGGAAUCGAUGCAGGAACUAUGCAGUGCGGUGAAGUCCCUUGCUGGUAGGUCCCUAGGUGCAAGUUCUGAUGAAUGUCAUUGGGCAGAUGGCUUUCCAUUGAAUCUCCAUAUCUAUCAAAUGUUGGUAGAAGCUUGCUUUGAUAGUGAAAACGGUACUGUGGUUGAUGAAAUUGAUGAAGUGAUUGGGUUAUUGAAGAAGACUUGGGUUAUUCUUGGGAUUAAUCAAAUGCUUCACAACCUCUGUUUUACCUGGGCGUUGUUCAACCAUUUUGCCACAUCGGACCAAGUAGAUAUUGAGUUACUUUCUGCUGCAGAGAAUCAGUUAAGUGUAGUUGUAAAAGAUGCAAAAACCACAGAAGAUCCAGAUUACUGUGACAUACUGGUCUCCAUUUUGAGUUCCAUAACAGGUUGGACAGAGAAAAGAUUGCUAGCCUACCAUGAAACUUUCAAUGCUAGCAAUAUUGUUUCGAUGCAAGGUAUUGUCGCAAUAGGAAUCUCAGCUGCGAAGAUUCUUCUUGAAGAUAUAUCUCAAAAAUACCCCGGUAAAAGGAAAAAAGAGACUGAUGUGGUGCGUGGCAAGAUUGAAACCUAUAUACGGUCCUCGCUCCGUACUGCUUUUGCUCAAAGAAUGGAUGAGGCAGACUCAAAGCGAUCAUCAAGGAAUCCCGUGCCAGUUCUUGCAAUCCUCGCAAAGGAUAUUAGUGACCUUGCUUCGAAGGAGAAAAAUAUCUACAGUCCAAUACUGAAGAAAUGGCACCCACUUGCUUCAGGUGUUGCAGUUACGACCCUUCAUUCUUGCUUUGGUAAUGAGCUGAAGCAAUUUACGGUUGGGCGUACAAAGUUCACACCAGACACGGCUCAAGUGCUUGAUGCUGCUGAUAAGUUAGAGAAGAAUCUGAUUAAUAUUGCAGUUGAAGACUUUCUGGAUAGUGAUGACGGAGGCAAGUCAUUGAUUAGACAGAUGCCACCGUAUGAAGCUGAAAAUGCAAUUGCUGCUCUUGUCAAAGAUUGGAUGAAAGAACGAGUGGACAAACUUAAAGGAUGGGUUGACCAAAGUUUACAGCAGGAGACAUGGAAUCCAAAAGCUAACAGGCAGAGCUUUGCUCCUUCUUCCAUGAAGAUGCUACGGAUGAUUGAUGAAAUUUUGGAUGCGUUUUUCCAGUUGCCAAUAUCAGUGCACUCUAUUUUGUUUCCUGAUUUAACAGCUGGGCUCGAUGGGAUCAUACAGUAUUAUGUCUCGAAAGCAAAAUCUUGCCAUGGGACCCAGAGUACUGCUACUCCACAACUGCCUCAUUUAACAAGAUGCGAUGUUGGAUCCAAAUUAUUCAAGAAAAAGGAAAAGCCACAUGCUCUUCUGAAUCGCGGAUCGCAAGUUGGAUCUUCUACUGGAAAGUCGGAAGGAUGCGAUCUUCCUGAACUCUGUGUACAAAUAAAUACACUCCACUACAUCCAAACUGAGGUGGAGAAUCUGAAGAAGAAGGCGAAAAAAUGCUUGAGGAACUGUGAAUUAUCUCAGGAUGGUAAUGGUACCACUGAUGGAAUGAACAUCAAGUUUGAGCUAUCUCAGGCAAGUUGCCAAGACGGCAUCCGUCAGCUGUGCGACGCAACAGCGCAUAAGGUGGUAUUCAAUUAUCUGAGUCAUGUCCUUUUGGACACCCUGUAUGUUGGUGGUACUGUGUCAAACAGGGUGGAGCCUUUGUUGAGAGAGCUUCACUCUACCCUUGGGGUGAUAUCUGGCAUAAUGCAUAAUGAGUCGCGGGACCAUCUCAUAACGGCGUUGAUGAAAGCUUCCUUUGAUGGGUUCCUGCUGGUGCUUCUUGCUGGUGGACCUACACGUGCCUUCACACUUCAAGACGCUCAGAUCAUAGAGAAUGAUUUCAGAGCUCUCAGAGGAUUGUACUUAGCAAAUGGUGAUGGCCUGCCACAUGAACUUGUUGACAAGGCUUCACUGGAGGUGAAAAGCGUUCUGCCACUAUUAAGAACGGACACAGAGUCCCUCAUCCAGCGUUUCAAGCAAGCGAUUACUGAACUUCAGGGAUCUCCAACCAAAUCUAGCUUCCCGAAGCCUCCUCGUGUGCCCGCCCAGUGGAGUGCAAAUGACCCGAACACUAUCCUGCGAGUUUUGUGCUACCGGUACGAUGAGGCGGCCACAAAGUUCCUCAAGAAAACAUACAAGUUUCCAAAGAAGCUUUGAUUUGUGUAUGUCUGCUGCCUAUCGCCUAUGCAAAAUUGAGGUAAUAAGGAAACGCUUCCAGUUCUCAUGUUUGUGCUGCCACCGCGUGAAGAAAAAAUUAAGUAGUCAGAUUGUGUGUGUGUGUGUGUGUGUUCAUAAGACGAGUUAUUUUUGCCGAUCCUGGAGUUUUUGUAGGCGUGUCAGCUUGCUUGCGGGUAUCUUGGAAUAAAGCAUAUACUCAUGUGUGAA